AUGCUUUCCUUGAAAAAAGUGUAUUGUUCUUUUAAGUCCCGUGACGAAGAUUAUCAUUUGGAUAGUAUAAUAUGGCUGAUAAAUAUAUUUCCGAAUCGAUUUGGUUUUUCAAUUUUAAAAGAAAAAAUAUCCGCUCCCUUCUGGAUUCUUCACUUGACUCUUCUAUUGUACGUGUAUGGAGUGGGCAGUGUUGUGUAUCAGAUACAUUUUGCGCAGGGUGCUGGUGAUUUUAUCAAGAGUUACGUCAAUAUAUCUAUAUUAGUUUUGACGGCUAAUAGUAGCUAUUGGUAUUUGAUGAAGAGACCAUUACUACUGACAGUGCUCGAGCAAGUGAAUCUCAAUGAUAAUUUAUCGAGAUCCACAGAUUUUCUGAGGGAAAAACACGAAAAACUACUAUCGAUUAUUAAGAAGAUUUUAUUUGCUUUCUACGGAUUCAAUAUUUUAGACGCAUUUUUUAUUUACUUGCCCCAUCGAGUCGAUGUCAGUAAUGAUUAUUACUCGAUGACACAAUGCUACGGGUUGGAGCCACUUACGGCCUCACCGAAUCGCGAGAUAUGCCUGGCAAUACUUUUCACACAAGAACUUACUAUAAUGACAGUUGUUCUUAAUUAUCAAGGACUACUCCUGUUCAUCAUCGCCCACACGUCGGCUAUGUACGAAAUGCUAUCCGCUGAAAUGCUAGCAUUUGAUGAAUACGAUGAAAAUAUAGAGAGUCAAUUACUUGUUAGGCAACGUUUGCCGUCUCUGAUUCGUCGACACGCUUUGACGUUGAGCAUUAUAAAGAACAUCAAAGCGUUGUACAGCAUGCCGUUCGGUGUCAACUUCGGGUCGAAUGCCGUCUGCAUCUGUUUAUUCUUCUACCUUCCUUUAUACGAGUGGAUAACUUUCGCACCAGUUCUCAUAUAUUGCUUUUUAGUCUUCUUUUUGUAUUGUUUUCUUUGUCAAAGGUUAAUAAACAGUUCAGAGUUGUUCGUCGAUGCAAUCUACGGUUGUGGGUGGGAGAAAUUUGCAUUGAAGGAGAAGAAAAUGAUAUAUGUGAUGUUGCUGGUGGCACACAAACCUAUAGAAAUAUUAGCAGCUGAUAUAAUCCCAGUUAAUAUUUAUACGUUUGCAAAAACUUUACAAGCUAUUUUUAAAUUUAUCACUGUAGUUAAAUUCUAA